AUGGAGUCCUACGACGUUCUGUCACAAGACCAAACGAAGUGUAAAUCGAUAUAUCAGUCCUACAAAUCAGCUAAAUACAAGAUCGACGCCAAGGAGACGGGUACGAUUAUUGAUGGCGCCCUUAUCUCCCAGCGCCUACAAAGUGCGACCCAACUACUCAUGAUCACUGCCAAAAUGGGCGAUUACUGUGGAAUUUCAUGGGUUCUGGAUGAUUUGCAUAAUUCUUUUCUGCUCAAAUGCUACCUCGCAACAGAAGAGUUGGGUCCAGUCAUGGCGGCCAUAGAAAAUGGUCAUACCAACACAGUGAAGCUUUUCUUGCUCUUGUCAUCUUGGAGCGUUACCGAGGAGAUGGUGACGACAGCCCGCCUCUCUAUGCGGCAGGAAACGAUUGACUUUCUGGUCGACUGGAAGGAACGGCCCAGGGUGUUGGAGGAUGCAGACAGAACUAGGAUUCGAGCAGGAUGGAAUUACUGGCGGCUCGGCAUGAGUUUUCGAGACGGCUUGGGCUGGAGGGACGAUGCAGCCUGA